AUGACAGUGGUGUCGUCUUUUAAUUUUGGUCCUGAUUACAUACGUAAACUUCAUAAAACUGCUACUAAAGAAAGUUCAGGAAAGUUUACAAAAUUAUAUAUACGAAAAUUGCAAAAAGAUAAAUAUAACAGGCAGCAAAACAGUAUAAAAUCUAAGCUCAUCUUCGGACCAUCUACCGGUUCACAAACUAAUAAAUUGAAACCAUUUUCUGGACCUGAUAAAGACUACGGAGAUCUUUGCAAUGAGCUGGGUUGCGGUGAACUGCCGAUUUCACAGGAAGAUUUAGAACAAAGACAAAUUACUAUUUUAAAUAACUUAAAGCUGAGUGUCCAGGAAAUCAAUUUAUUAGAAAGAAAAACAAUAGAUCAAGCUAAAAGCGAUGAUUGGCAUAGAGAACGAAAACACCGCCUCACUGCUUCAAAUUUCGGUCGAGUAUGUAAACUAAGAAGCAAUACUCCAAGGAUAAAUACAAUUAAAUAUAUUUUAUACAGUGAAGUAUUUACACCAAAAACAGCAGCAAUGACGUAA